UGGCAAAACCGCAGAGCGCAAUCGAUCAGCAAUCACCUUUUGACACCAAACACCUCCCAACGUACUUGCCGGCGAUAUUGAUAACAGCGCAGUCAACGCUACAAAGCAGCAUUAAUGACCGCAGCAGCAACAACAACCUAUUAGCAGCCGCAAGUAAUUAGUAAAGCUUAAACCGACUGGUCCAAGUCGGCAAGACUUUAGUCUCUGUCUGAAGCUCGCUCUACACGGUUUGUUUGCGAUUCGAAAUCUUGCCGCGCAACUCUUUAACAUUCCCUAUUUUGGACCACAAAUCUCGCUUUCAAGAUAAGCAGAUCGAUAUAAAAAAAAUGACGUUUUUUCUAUUUUUGCUAUUGAUUAGCGCUAUCGCUAGUUUGGCAAGAGCGGACACCGCUGCAGCUGCGUUGUCCGAUUUCGGGGCCUGCACGGCGCCGAGCAAGGAACCAGGCCUAUGCAUACAUAUUCAGGACUGUCUAUAUCUGUACGAGAUAUUGAACAAGACAGAGACAACGGAUAGCGAACGUAAAUUGCUCAUGGAGAGUCAAUGUGGAUUGGACAAUACCCGUGUGGGUGGUGUAGUGGAACGCAUUCUCGUCUGUUGUCCCAAUAGUCGGUCCAAGAAAACACCCAGUUUCGAUUCGCGGAAUGGGGAAGAGCUCGGGGAUGUUCUGCCCCAAAUGGGCACCUGUGGAACAUUCUUUAGCAAUUACAUCAUCGGGGGCACAAGGACCAAACUCGAUGAGUUUCCCUGGAUGGUGCUGAUACGUUACAAAAAACCCUCCAACCAGUUUAGUUUUGGCUGUGGCGGUGCUUUGAUUAAUACGCGCUAUGUCCUGACCGCUGGCCACUGUCUGUCGAGUCUUAAGUUACCCGAUACUUGGUUGCUCCAUAGCGUCCGUUUGGGUGAGUGGGAUACGAGUACGGCACCAGAUUGCGUUGACGAGCUGAAUGGGAAGCGUACCUGUGCUCCACUGCACAUCGAUGUGGAGGUGGAGCGACGUAUUCUGCAUGAGAUGUAUGAUAAGGCCUCCAUUCAUCAGCUGCACGACAUUGCUCUGCUUCGUCUCAAGGAGUCGGUGGCUUAUACGGAAUAUGUGAAGCCCAUUUGUCUACCCAUCUCGUCCGAGGUGCGCGCCAAUAGCUUCGUGGGCUACGGCAUGGAUGUGGCCGGCUGGGGCAGUACGCAGAACGCCACGUCGAGCGAAGUCAAACUGAAGCUAACUGUCGAUGUGUGGAACAUAACGCGUUGCCAGGACAAAUAUGAUAUAUACAGGGUUCGGUUGUCUGAAGAGAUGCAAAUGUGCGCCGGCGGCAAGGAAAACGAAGAUACCUGUGGCGGCGACAGUGGUGGUCCACUUAUGUUAAGUAAUCUUGUGAACAAGCAGGUUAUUUACUUCGCAGCUGGCAUUACAUCGUACGGUCCAAUACCCUGCGGUCUAAAGGGUUGGCCGGGUGUGUAUACACGCGUGGGCGCCUAUAUUGAUUGGAUACGUGAAAAGCUACAACCGUGAUUGAUGGAUGAUAACAAGCUGAAGUAAUUUUGCACAAAUAAAGUUGCUUAUUUAUUCACAAA